CUCGGCCCAGCUCCCUCUCGGUUAGCUCUGUGGUCUCCACCUUCUGCGGGAAAUGUGUGGCUCUGGAGCCGCUGAAUGAUCCACUGUGUUCACCAGGAAAUGGAAAUGCUCAAGUAAAUACCACGUGCCUCAGAACUGCAUUUAAGUACAGGGGCCCAGUUACUUUCCACCACUGACAGUAAACGAAGUCUCUUCAGGUUAAAUCAGUCCGACAAAGGAGAAGAAACCUCUGUUCUCUCUGACUCGCCAGUUCAGUCAGACGGAACCAGCCAGUGGGCCGGGUCCGGCAGAAGGACCAGGUGCCACACAAAAGACGUGUGAGGUUUUAUUCCGCCUCUUUAAGCCUCUUAGUCACCGUAAGUCUGCCCCCCUGCAGCCGGUGGCUCUGGUCAGACCGUGAUGAUUUAAUCCUUCAGUGGAAAAGGGUCGCGCGUCUCUGGCUGUCCCGGGUUUGCCACUGUGCCAGCCGCGCACACAAAUUGAGACCACCAGAAAAGAACCGGAAUCCAUGGAUGAGCUGCUGCUGCCGAGCGGCACGGAGGAGGAGGCGAGCCCCGAUAACAGCCCGUACGUUCCGGGAGCCGCAGGGAGGACGAUGGGGGACCGAGUCAGGACUUUCCUCCAGCUGACGGUGAGCAGAGACCUGAGGAGCAACCUGAGGCAUUUCUUUAGGAGGAACGGGCUGCUGACGCUGUCGGUCAUCGCCGUGCUGACCGGCGGCGCACUGGGCUUCUUGCUGAGAGGAACUCAGAUGUCCACACAGGCCAAGAUCUACUUCUCGUUUCCCGGAGAGCUGCUGAUGAGGAUGCUGAAGAUGCUCAUUCUUCCUCUCAUCACAUCCAGUUUGAUGUCGGGUCUGUCAUCAAUGGAGUCAAAGGCGUGCUGUCGGAUGGGUGUCCUCACUGUCACCUACUACCUGUGGACCACCUUCAUUGCCGUGGUGGUUGGUAUCGUGCUCGUCAUUAUCAUCAAACCUGGUAUGGGGACAGAGAUGGAGAGUAACCGGCUGGGAGGGGGGCCUGUCAUGACCUCGGCCGAUGCCCUUCUCGAUCUCAUCAGAAACAUGGUUCCCUCUAAUCUGGUUGAGGCCACAUUUCAGCAGUAUAAAACACACCUGAUUCCCAUCCUCAAAGUCCCGACCAGAACCUUCCAGCCAAACUUCGUCUACAUCAUCCCAGAUGAGGGUGACCACACGGGUCGGAGGGUGUAUCUGGAGCUGACUCCGGCCCCGGAGGUCAUGUACACAGAGAGUCCUGGCACCAGCCAGCAGAUGAACGUCCUCGGCAUUGUCGUCUUCUCUGCGACCAUGGGUCUGUUGUUGGGCAGGAUGGGAGAACGAGGAGCUCCGCUGGUCAAUGUCUGUCAGUGCAUCAACGAGUGUGUCAUGAAGAUCAUCAGCGCUGCUGUAUGGUACUUUCCGUUCGGGAUCAUCUUCCUGGUGGCAGGGAAGAUCCUGGACAUGCAGGACCCAAGCACACUGGGAAAGAAACUGGGCUGGUACGGCAUCACGGUCCUGACUGGACUCUUUGUCCAUGGACUCAUCCUCCUCCCUUUCUUCUACUUCCUCCUCACCAGGAAAAACCCAUUCACGUACAUCCGUGGGCUGCUGCAGGCCAUGGUGAUUGCCCUGGCUACCUCCUCCAGCUCUGCCACACUGCCCAUCACCAUGAAGUGUUUGUUGGAGAACUGUCACAUUGACCGGCAGAUCGCUCGCUUCGUCCUCCCUGUGGGAGCCACCAUCAACAUGGACGGCACAGCACUAUACGAGGCUGUGGCAGCCAUCUUCAUUGCUCAGGUCAAUGAGUACGAGCUGGAUUUUGGCCAGUUGGUCACCAUCAGCAUCACAGCUACAGCUGCAAGCAUUGGAGCAGCAGGGAUUCCCCAGGCUGGUCUGGUUACCAUGGUGAUCGUGCUGACAUCAGUGGGGUUACCUCCAGAUGACAUCACACUCAUUGUAGCCAUUGAUUGGAUCCUGGACAGGUUUCGGACCAUGAUCAACGUCCUUGGUGACGCGCUGGCAAUAAUAGCCCACCUCUGUCAGAAAGAUUUCCCUCUUAGCGGAGCCGGAAAGUCUGUACCAUCCUACGGUACGCAGACCCCUCACAACAACUCCCACAGCGUCAGCGUACCAAUGACGGAGAUCCACACACACACAGACUGCAUGUUUGGGGAGAUGGGCAACUCUGCUGGUGUAAGGCAUGUGCACACCGUCUACUACAACAUCUGUCAGGUUUGAUCAGACAAGUCUCAAAACACCACAGAGUUCUCAGUCCACGGUCUGAGAGGGUCUGGUUAAAUCCCGCUGUACUGUCUGAUGAGGAGUGUUAUGAAGAAGCAGACCCUGAGCUAACAGAGCUAGAAUGCUCUUCUUACCCUCACCAAAAUGGAUUGGAGCUUCAUCUGGAGCUUCAUCCUGCUGCUCACUAAGGCCAGAGAGAGCAAGAGGUCUAAGGCCACAAGGACUAUAACGUAAGCACUCAUCAACACUAACUAUCAAGCUAGCCUUGAUCAUACUCCAGGACGGACUUGUACUUGGUGAUGGAGGGGCUUCUAUUCAUAUAAUCACUUUAUUAACGAUAAUCACCUUUAUUGGCCAAGUAUGUUACACACAAAGAAUUUGUUUCCGGUACAG